UCAUCCGAUCCAACUCACUGCCUUGGUUAGCUCCUGCUGUGCUUGUCUGUAACCGGCUGCUAAGCUGCUCCUGCUGAUCGUGUUUUGACGAAGAUCGAAGGCUGUGUGUGGUUUGGGGUGACUCAAAAUCCUUUUCCACGUAGGAAUCAUAAAAGACGUGGAUAUACUGUACUGCAUUACGAAGGUUUUAGUCGUUUGGAUCGGGGUGUGGGGAGCUCGCCUGUCGUCUUUCUUGCCUGGGUUGGGAAAAUCCACUGCGUAUCAAAUAGCAGGUGUUGAAGAUGCCACAGUGAGCGUGUGACUGAAUCCUUUCCGAGGCCUCGGCAUGUCCAUCCUGCUGAGGGUGGUGGUGGUUAUGGCGGCUUUGGGGGCCCAGUCCUCGGUUGCGGUCCUGGGGGCUUCUUGUCCAGGCGGGAGCACAGUUGACUGCACUACCCAGGCGAGCAACACCUCCAGAUCAGGCGAGACCUCCAGGGAAUACUGCUACACUGCACGCAUCCGCUCCACCGUGCUCCAGGGCCUGCCCUUCGGGGGGGUGCCCACUGUGCUCGCCCUCGACUUCAUGUGCUUUCUGGUACUCCUGUUCGUGUUCUCCAUCUUGAGGAAGGUAGCGUGGGACUACGGCCGACUGGCAUUGGUCACUGACGCAGACAGACACGACCAACGGUACAGCCGGCUGGAUGACCAGGAAUACGACCUGAGGGAUUGCGAAGACACGAGUCAGGACACACCUCUCCAGCCUAUUUCAGAGCCCACUGAGCUAACUACCCUUGUGGCAUCUGCCAUAACAUCGGAGAUUCCUGAUCGCUAUGAACGCCUGACCUCUGUCUCCAGCUCAAUGGACUUUGAGCAGAGAGACACCGGCUUUUGCUCCUGGUUGACGGCCAUCUUUCGUAUAAAGGAUGAGGAGAUACGAGACAAGUGUGGGGAGGAUGCAGUCCAUUACCUGUCCUUCCAGAGGCACAUCAUUGGUCUGUUGGUGGUGGUCGGUGUGCUUUCAGUGGGCAUCGUCCUGCCAGUCAACUUCUCUGGAAAUCUGUUGGUGGAGGCAAAUACAAAAAACAAUGCCUACAGCUUUGGCCGUACCACAAUAGCCAAUCUAGAUGCCAAUAACAUGCUGCUAUGGCUCCACACCACCUUUGCAUUCCUCUACCUGCUCCUGACGGUGUACAGCAUGAGAAGACACACCUCCAAGAUGCACUACAGAGAGGACGACCUAGUGAAACGCACUUUAUUUGUCAGCGGCAUCUCCAAGUACGCAGAAGAGAAGCAAAUUAAGCAACACUUUGAACAAGCGUAUGAAAACUGUUGUGUUCUUGAGGCUCGAAUCUGUUAUGAUGUGGCCAGGCUGAUGUCACUCAACUCCGAAAGGAAGAAGACUGAGCGUAGCAUGAAGUUCUUUAAAGACCUGGAGUCCAAGGAGCAUAUUCCCACCUUCAUCAACCCCAAACCCUGUGGUCACCUCUGCUGCUGUGUGAUCAAGGGCUGUGAACAGGAGGAGGCAGUGAGCUACUACACCAAGCUGGAGGCCAAGCUGAAGGAGGAGUACAGGAAGGAGAGGGAGAAGGUCAACAGCAAACCUCUAGGAAUGGCCUUUGUGACCUUUCAGAACGAAGCCAUGACAGCCAUUAUCCUGAAGGACUAUAAUGCUUGUCAGUGUCAAGGCUGCCAUUGUCGGAGGGAGCCCAAGUCUUCUGCCUUCAGCAAUCAUCUACACACAUACUCCUGGACUGUCAGCUACGCACCAGACCCACAGAACGUCUACUGGGAGCACCUGUCGGUAGGAGGUCUUACCUGGUGGCUGCGAUGCUUCAUCAUCAACUGCAUCCUCUUCCUCCUCUUGUUCUUCCUCACAACCCCUGCUAUAAUUAUCUCCACUAUGGACAAGUUCAACGUCACCAAACCAGUGGAGUACCUCAAUAACCCCAUCGUGACCCAGUUCUUCCCCACACUACUGCUCUGGGCCUUCUCUGCCCUGCUGCCCACCAUCGUCUACUACUCUGCCUUCUUCGAGAGGCACUGGACACGGUCUGGGGAGAACAGGACCACCAUGCAUAAAUGCUACACCUUCCUCAUCUUUAUGGUCCUCCUCCUGCCCUCUCUGGGGCUGAGCAGUCUGGACGUUUUCUUCCGAUGGCUGUUUGACAAGAGCUUCCUGGAUGAAGCCACUGUGAGAUUUGAGUGUGUGUUCCUGCCUGACAACGGGGCAUUCUUCGUGAAUUAUGUCAUUGCGUCAGCGUUCAUAGGUAACGCCAUGGACCUGCUAAGGAUCCCUGGGCUCCUCAUGUACAUGAUCCGACUGUGUCUGGCUCGCUCUGCUGCCGAGAGACGCAACGUGAAGAGGCACCAAGCCUAUGAGUUCCAGUUUGGGGCAGCCUACGCCUGGAUGAUGUGUGUCUUCACUGUGGUCAUGACCUACAGCAUCACCUGCCCAAUCAUAGUCCCCUUUGGUCUGAUGUACAUGCUGCUCAAGCACCUGGCUGACCGCUACAACAUGUACUACGCCUACCUGCCCUCCAAGCUGGACAAGAAGAUCCACUCCGGGGCUGUGAACCAGGUGGUGGCUGCUCCCAUCCUCUGCCUCUUCUGGCUGCUCUUCUUCUCCACCGUCCGCACAGGUUUCUCAGCCCCUACCUCUAUGUUCACCUUCAUCGUCCUCAUCAUCACCAUCAUCGUGUGCCUCUCACACGUCUGCUUUGGACACUUCAAAUAUCUCAGCGCCCACAACUACAAGAUUGACGCGGAGAUCGUGGACGGGAUGGAGAACGGUCGCACCGCUCGUACCUCACCCUCCAACAAGUCGGCUCAGAUGUACAUUGCGUCCGUGCUCCAGGACCCAAACCUGGACGAGUUGGGCUCAGCUGGCAGCGGGGUCAGUGAGGGCUCACAGGACGAGGAGAUCAUCCACGUCGGGAACAGCUUGAACGAGGCCGACUUCCAGAGUGGCGAGGACAGCCUCAUCGCUAACGAGGUGCGGCACUGACGUCAGGGGACGCCGGAGACUGUUGUCGGGACAGAGACGGAUGUGGAGACAGAGGCAGGGACUGUAAUGGCAGAAACUAUGGUGUAAUAUGACUGACAGACUGGAUACACUGAUGCAGUGAAUUAAGCUACGGAGCGGUUUUGCAUGGAGAGACCACUAAACUAAAGACCUUGAGCUGAGAGAGAGGAAGGGACUAUUUCUCUUUACUCUAAACUAGCAUGAACACAAAGAGCUUAUUUGGGCUGUUUAACCCUCUUGGAGAGUAGGCCAUGGACAUCAGGUCCUCAAUCUGAGAGGGAUUACGGGAACAUAAGAAUACCUCCUACAAAAGGACCCUAUCCACAAAGGCUUACAAAUAAAGGACUGCUUCCAAACUGCUUUGCUAGGAUUCUCUAUUUUGAUCUGUACCGUACUACCUUCGCAAGGACUCUGUAGGGUUCUCUGGAACUAGGAUUCUACUAUAGCGUUCUACUACAGAACUAACAUUCUGCUGUAGGGUUCUGCUGUAUGGUUGUAUUAAGGAACAUGGAUUCUGCUCUCUGGAACUGAGAUUCCAGUACACGAUUCUACCCUGGAACUGGGUCUCUAGCUAAGACUCUAUUCUGGCCGAUGUCUUCCUUCAUGAGGAAUCUACACAUUCUGAUUGCAGAGCAUGAUACAAACUAGCAGUAAUGAGAAACUUUGCUCUCUCUUCCCACUCUUGGUUUUGAACUGCCUGUGGCUCUGAACAGUCCCUCUCAGCAAAGUACUGAUCCAACGGGGAGACGGAGAGACAAUAAUAGAACAGUGUUUUCUUUGCCUUGUCAAGCAGGCCUGACAGGGAAUAUCUUUCCGUCUAGAUAUCCUUACAACACUUUGGCUAUUGCACUGGAAGGAGAAAGACAGGUGUUCGCCUGCGCCCAACACUGGUUUGUCCCACAGCACGGUGCUAGAAUGAUCACUCAGGCAUGCCGCGGACUUCAGAGGGUGUUGGAGAGGUUUUUCCUUCCCAUGAUCCUUUGCCUGUUCUGUCUGCAUCCCUAACAGUGUGAGCGUGAAGGAGCUUGUAUGAGACUGAGGAAAGGAGGACUGUCAGCAUCAGACCCUGUUGUUGCCCUGCCCUGGUCUGCUCCACUCUGUCCCCGCCGUUUCCGGCCUCUGAACGCUUCCAACCCUGUGUACAAACGGAAGACGGUCGCCAAGACGACCUGCCCGACCACUCUAAUCUAACACUCCUCACUGCUGUUCUGGCUUUUUGUUUAGCUUCUCUGACAUUUCUUUCCGGUACAAAAACAUCUGGAUUUGUAAAAUGUAAAAUAGCAUUUUUUUGGGGGGGGGGGGGGGGGGA